AUGAACAAACCCAUCGCAAAGCUCAUGCUAGUCAUGAAAGGGCUGCUCAAGACUGUAUGGGGCUUCCCUGCAGCAGCGUAUCGCCGCAUUGUCAAUAGAUGUUCAACGCUCCUACGCGCCAUCGGUCUCGGUAUCGCAACAAUCACGAAAGGUCCUGAGAAGCCCAAAAGGCUCUUGACCAUGUCCAGAAAGGUUGCACUCGCGCGAUGCGGAGCACACAUACUUCCGUCUUGUGUGUCUCUGAUUCUCAUCACCAUCAAUCUGUUAAGCUACUUUAUCGGUGCUGAGCUACAAGCUUUCCAGAAUGGCGACAGCAUCAAACUUGGUAUACUUCAGAUCUGCGCAAAAGCACAAGAGCUACUCGUUGUGGCAAGUCUCUCAACUGUGAUAUUUCAUGUUUUGAGAUCAGAGCUUGUUUUCGGCCCGGGUUUACCGCUUGGUUUGCUGGGAGCAGGGUUCAAUUUCUUUUGGUCUCAAGAGUUCUGGGGAUCUACCAGAUACAAAGAAGCCCUGCUCCGAAAGGCUAGCAUCUUUGGGCUCUUUAUCAUCUCAGGUCUUUUGGCUGUCCUUGCUGGUCCGACAACUGCUGUGUUGAUGAUUCCUCGAGAAACAGAAUGGAAAGCUGGAGGGGCUAACUUCUACCUGAAUGGAACGAAGGAAGAGAUGUGGCCGAACUUUCUCGACGUACCGACUGUGAACUGUAGCGGGGACACCUGGCUCAAUAACUCUCGGUGCCUUGCAAAUGGCUACCAAUCAAUCCAUGAUACAUUUACCAACAGAAGAGGGAGCAGCCAGGAGGGACGGAUAGCCUUGCAAAUUUCUGAUGGCGAUCUUUACAAGACUGUUCAUGCUCGAGCUCGAGAGUCAACGACCUACAUCGUCGAAACUUGGGCGUGUACAGCUCAUGUCCCCACCGCCAUACUGCAUGCGGCUUCCGUAAGUCUGUGGGUGGCAGCACUUAACUACCUGGUAUCUAUCGCCAACCCAAUCAUGCACCCGAAUCCCAAGCUUCUUCGCUACGCUUCGAGCCGCACGGCUAGCGUCAAGACUGAGCUUCCUGCGGCAAGAGUAUUCUGCACUGAUGUCGCCGAGACUGUUGAACAGAAUAGCACAUAUAUCCUAGCCAGCUUCCCUAUGCUCACAGAGUAUGGUCUGCAACUGCGGAACAGUACGCCUGGGGGAGAUGUUGUCUGGUUCCAAACAUACGAUGUGACCAAUAUUGUGAUUGGUAUGAUGAACACUCCGGCAUUCACAAGAAUCGUCGUGGAGCCAGUCGAUCUACCACCAGACCUAAAUCAAGCCAGCUCUGUAGGGGUGCUACUCCUCAGCCCCGAAGGUGAAAUUACUGGAAGGUGGAAGUUGCAAGGGUGUUCCAUCGACGGGAGGUGGGUCAAAGGAAAGACAAAAAUCACAGAAGACCCCCUUAGCGUCAAAUAUGACUUCAGCGCUGAUCAACCUCGUUCCACAGUGGACAGUACGGCAGAUGUCGAGGCAUAUGGCUGGGGAGGAUUUACGCCCCCGAAUGAUGGGACAUGGAGACGUAUCAACAUCACUGCUGGUUGGCUGAGUGCCCUGAAUGCUGAAAUACCAGCGAAUGGUCAGAACAAUGGAACCAGACAGCAGAAGACGAUCGCGAGUAUAUUUGAAGCCGUUUCUGAUGGCCCACUAGGUGAUGUCGAUGCGAACAUAAUGCGGGAGCUUGCUUUGGCGGUCACUGUUGCUGACGGUCUUUCGCGAUCAUCAAGCUGGCGCACUACGAACUAUAGUUCCACCUUCGAGCCUCUUGUCUCGACGACAUGGAAUGGGGCAUCUGCAAGAACUCUAGUCCGGAUUGGUGGCCCAAAGAACAAGCCGGACUCAGGAAAUUCGGCCAAGAAUGCCAAGCUCCAUAUGCAGAUGGAACUACACGGUUAUGCCAUGUCCGCCGAGAGCUGGUUCGACUUUUUCUGUAUUGCAGUCCUCUUGACCCAUACUAUCAUCGCGCUCAGCCAUUCGGUAUGGGUGGUAUGGUAUCGAAGAACGAGUGACGCUUGGGAGAACAUCACCGAAGUGUUUACUCUGGGUCUCAACCCAGACCGCCCUGGACAGACUGGUGAACGUGGACUAGAAAAUACUUCGGCGGGUAUCAGAACAUGGGUUCCUACAAGUCAGGUUGGCUGGAUCGAGGCUAUCGAUGGUAAUACAUCAACUUCAACAGCUUCAGAUCGUCCUGAGGAGUUACAGCUAAGAUUUGGUCAAGGUAGACACAUGAAAGGGGACCAAAGAGAUAAUCAGUUCCAGGCCAAGGAGAACACAGACUAUGGCACGAUCUGA